AUGUUGAUCAGAGGUAUAUGUUAUAUUAAUAAUAAGCCUUUGAUUGAUAUUAUUAAUACUGGUGCUACACAUUAUUUUAUUGAUGAUGACUGUGUGAAAAGGCUAGGCCUUGUUGUGUCUUCUAUGAAUGGAAAAAUGGUUAUCGAAACACCUGCUAAGGGUUUGGUGACUACUACUUCAGUUUGUUUGAAUUGUCCUCUAUUAAUCUAUGACAAAGAUUUUGGCAUUGAUCUUAUUUUCUUGCCAUUGGAAAAUCUUAAUGUUAUCUUGGGGAUGAACUGGUUGGAGUUCAACCAUGUUCAUAUCAAUUAUUAUAACAAGUCAGGGCGGUUUCUUACUCCUAAUAAGGAGGAAGAAGCUGGUUUCUUAUCUACUAGAGAGAUGAAUGAGCUUUUGGAAGAGGAAGCUCAUGUGUUUGUGAUGUUCGCGGCGUUAUCUACUAAGAGUCAGGCAGGGAUUGAUGAAUUGCAUAUAGUGCGGGAUUUUCCAGAGGUGUUUCUAGAUGACAUUUCAGAUGUACCGAGUGAGGUGGAGUUUUCUAUUGAUCUUGUCCUUAGUACCACACAUGUUUCUAUGGCAUCAUACAUGAUGUCUGCAUCGGAGUUAGCAUAG